AUGGGGGUUUUGUGGCUGGCCAGGCUGGUGCUGGGAUGUACGGCGGUGGCGUGCGUGGGGCACGCCCGGGCGCAGUACGAGGGGGACCUGCAGACGGACAGAUUCGCCGGCUACGAGGAGAGGCCGCCCAGCAGGGUGAGGAGGAGAGGCCAGGACUCCUUACGAGGGCCCAACGUCUGCGGCUCCAGGUUCCAUUCCUACUGCUGUCCCGGCUGGAAAACGCUGCCCGGAGGGAACCAGUGCAUUGUCCCAAUCUGCAGGAAUUCUUGCGGCGACGGGUUUUGUUCUCGGCCGAACAUGUGCACGUGCUCCAACGGACAACUUUCUCCCAACUGUGGCUCAGCUGGAGUCCAAACGUGCAACGUGAGGUGCAUGAACGGGGGGAGCUGCUCCGAGGAGGCGUGUCUGUGCCAGAAGGGAUACACCGGCACCUACUGCGGGCAGCCUGUCUGUGAGAACGGCUGCCAGAACGGCGGGAGAUGCAUCGGGCCCAACCGCUGCGCCUGCGUCUACGGAUUCACCGGCCCCCAGUGCGAGAGAGAUUAUCGGACCGGGCCGUGCUUCAGCCAAGUGAACAACCAGAUGUGCCAGGGCCAGCUCAGUGGCAUCGUCUGCACCAAGACCAUGUGUUGUGCCACCAUCGGCCGGGCCUGGGGACACCCCUGUGAGAUGUGUCCUGCCCAGCCCCAUCCCUGCCGCCGGGGGUUCAUCCCAAAUAUCCGCACCGGAGCCUGCCAAGAUGUGGACGAGUGCCAAGCCAUCCCUGGCCUCUGCCAAGGUGGGAAUUGCAUCAACACCGUGGGUUCCUACGAGUGCAAGUGCCCUGCAGGACACAAGCAGAGCGAGACCAGCCACAGGUGUGAAGACGUGGACGAGUGCGGGGCCAUCUCCGGCGCGUGCGACGGCGGCGAGUGCACCAACACCGCGGGCAGCUACGUGUGCACCUGCCCCCGGGGCUUCAUGACCAGCCCCGACGGAUCCCGCUGCAUUGACCAGCGCAUCGGGACGUGUUUCUCGGCGCUCAUCGGGGGCCGCUGUGCCGGGGACCUGCCGGGCCAGUACACCAGGAUGCAGUGCUGCUGCGACUCGGGGCGCUGCUGGGCCAUCGGCCAGACCCCCGAGAUGUGCCCUGUGAGGGGCUCUGACGAGUACCGCAGGCUCUGCAUCGAGGGACUCCCGGUCGUGCCAGGCUUCCCUGGGAACUUUCCAGGAAUCCCUGGAUUUGGGCCCAACGGCGUCGGGCCGGGACUCAACGGGCCCGGAGGCAUCGGACCAAACGGGGCGAACGGACAAGGCGGGAUCCCAGGGCUGCCUGGAAUGGGCCCAGGAAGCUCGAGCAUUGGAACUGCCACGUUGAACCAGACCAUUGACAUCUGCAAGCACUUCACCAACCUGUGCCUGAACGGGCGCUGCAUCCCCACCCCGUCCAGCUACCGCUGCGAGUGCAACAUGGGCUACAAGCAGGACGUGCGUGGGGAGUGCAUUGAUGUGGACGAGUGCUCCAGCAGCCCCUGCGUGCACGGCGACUGCGUCAACACCCCGGGCUCCUACCACUGCAAGUGCCACGAGGGCUUCCAGAGCACCCCCACCAAGCAGGCCUGCAUUGACAUCGAUGAGUGCAUCAUGAACGGGGUGAUGUGCAGGAAUGGCCGCUGCGUCAACACCGACGGCAGCUUCCAGUGCAUCUGCAACGCUGGCUUUGAGAUCACCCCCGAUGGCAAGAACUGUGUUGACCACGACGAGUGUGCCACCACCAACAUGUGCCUCAACGGGAUGUGCAUCAACGAGGAUGGAAGCUUCAAGUGCAUCUGCAAGCCCGGAUUCGUUCUGGCUCCCAACGGGCGCUACUGUGUCGACAUCGACGAGUGCGAGACCCCCGGGAUCUGCAUGAACGGCUGGUGCAUCAACACCGAGGGCUCCUUCCGCUGCGAGUGCCUGGGCGGGCUGGCCAUCGGCGUGGACGGCCGGGUCUGCGUGGACACCCACAUGCGCAGCACCUGCUACGGGGGCAUCAAAAAGGGCACCUGCGCCCGCCCCUUCCCCGGCGCCGUCACCAAGUCCGAGUGUUGCUGUGCCAACCCGGACCACGGCUUCGGAGAGCCCUGCCAGCCCUGCCCGGCCAAGAACUCGGCGGAAUUCCAGGCUCUCUGCAGCAGCGGCAUCGGGAUAACGGCUGAUGGCAGAGACAUCAACGAGUGUGCCCUGAACCCGGACAUCUGCCCCAACGGGAUGUGUGAGAACCUGCGGGGCAGCUACCGCUGCAUCUGCAACCUGGGCUACGAGUCCGACCCCACGGGCAAGAACUGCGUGGAUGUUGAUGAGUGCACUGUCAACCGUCUGCUGUGCGACAACGGGCUGUGCAGGAACACCCCCGGCAGCUACACCUGCACCUGCCCCAAGGGCUUCGUCUUCAGGACAGAGACGGACACCUGUGAAGACAUCAACGAGUGCACGUCCAACCCGUGUGUGAACGGCGUGUGCCGGAACAACGCCGGCUCCUUCGCCUGCGAGUGCUCCCCUGGCAGCAAACUGGACCCCACUGGCACCAUCUGCGUGGACAGCAUGAAAGGGACCUGCUGGCUCAACAUCCAGGACGGGCGCUGCGAGGUGAACAUCAACGGGGCCACGCUCAAGUCGGAGUGUUGUGCCACCCUGGGGGCAGCCUGGGGCAGCCCCUGCGAGCGCUGCGAGAUCGACACUGCCUGUCCCCGGGGAUACGCCCGGAUGAAGGGGGUCACCUGUGAAGACGUGAACGAGUGUGAGGUGUUCCCCGGUGUCUGCCCCAACGGGCGCUGCGUCAACUCCGCCGGCUCCUUCCGCUGCGAGUGCCCCGAGGGGCUGACCCUGGAUGGCACUGCCAGGACGUGUGUGGAUGUGAACGAGUGUAAGGUCUUCUCUGGCCUCUGCACUCACGGCACGUGCCGGAACACCAUCGGCAGCUUCCGGUGUAUCUGCGGCAACGGCUUCGCUCUGGAUGCCGAGGAGAGGAACUGCACGGAUAUCAACGAGUGCGAGCGGGACCCGCUGCUGUGCCGGGGCGGGAUCUGCAUGAACACCGACGGCAGCUUCGAGUGCAUCUGCCCCCCUGGCCACGAGCUGACGGCUGAGGGCAACACCUGCAUAGAUAUCAACGAGUGCUCCCUCAGUGACAACCUGUGUCGCAACGGGCGCUGCGUCAACGUCAUCGGCACCUACCAGUGCUCGUGCGACUCGGGCUUCCAGGCCACGCUGGACAGGCAGGGCUGUGUUGACAUCGACGAGUGCACCAUCACCAACGGGGGCUGUGACACCCACUGCUCCAACUCGGAGGGCAGCUACGAGUGCAGCUGCAGCGAGGGCUACGCGCUCAUGCCAGACAAGAGGUCCUGUGCAGAUAUCGAUGAGUGUGAGGAUAAUCCUGACAUCUGUGAUGGUGGGCAGUGCACAAACAUCCCCGGCGAGUACCGGUGCCUCUGCUUCGACGGCUUCAUGGCAUCCCUGGACAUGAAGACCUGCAUUGAUGUGAACGAGUGUGACCUCAACCCCAACAUCUGCCUGCACGGCGAGUGUGAGAACACCAAGGGCUCCUUCAUCUGCCACUGCCAGCUCGGCUACUUCGUCAAGAAGGGAACCACAGGGUGCACAGACAUCGACGAGUGCGAGAUCGGGGCUCACAACUGCGACAUGCACGCCUCCUGCAUCAACGUGCCCGGCAGCUUCAAGUGCAAGUGUCGCACGGGCUGGCUCGGGGACGGGCUGAAGUGCAACGACCUGGACGAGUGUGCAACCGAAGAGCACAAGUGCAACCUCAACGCCAACUGCGUGAACACGCCCGGCUCCUACCGCUGCGCCUGCCGCGAGGGCUUCAACGGCGACGGCUUCUCCUGCUCAGACGUGGAUGAGUGUGCAGACAACGUGAACCUGUGUGAGAACGGGCAGUGCCUCAAUGCCCCCGGCGGGUACCGCUGCGAGUGCGAGAUGGGCUUCAACCCCACCGAGGACAGCAAGGCCUGCCAGGACAUCGAUGAGUGCACCUUCCAGAACAUCUGUGUCUUUGGCACCUGCCAGAACCUGCCCGGGAUGUUCCGCUGCGCCUGCGACGAUGGAUAUGAGCUGGACAGGAGUGGAGGCAACUGCACAGACAUCAAUGAAUGUGCAGACCCUGUGAACUGCAUCAACGGGCUCUGCGUCAACACCCCUGGCAGCUACUUGUGCAACUGCCCCCAGGACUUCGAGCUGAACCCCACCGGGGUGGGCUGUGUGGACACCCGUGUCGGGAAUUGCUUCCUGGACACCCAGGAUCGAGGAGACGGGGGGAUCUCCUGCAGUGCAGAGAUCGGAGUCGGGGUCACUCGGGCCUCCUGCUGCUGCUCCCUGGGCCGUGCCUGGGGCAACCCCUGCGAGCUGUGCCCCCCAGCCAACACCACCGAGUACAAGACCCUGUGCCCUGGAGGGGAAGGAUUCCGGCCCAACCCCAUCACUGUCAUCCUGGAGGACAUCGACGAGUGCCAGGAGCUGCCAGGGCUGUGCCAGGGCGGCAACUGCGUCAACACCUUCGGCAGCUUCCAGUGCGAGUGUCCCCUCGGGUACUACCUCAACGAGGACACGCGGAUCUGCGAAGAUAUCGAUGAGUGCUCUGCCCACAUCGGGAUCUGCGGCCCUGGCACCUGCUACAACACCCUGGGCAACUACACCUGCGUGUGCCCCCCCGAGUACAUGCAGGUCAACGGAGGGAACAACUGCAUGGACAUGAGGAAGAGCGUGUGCUACCGCAACUACAACGACACGUGUGAGAACGAGCUCUCCUUCAACAUGACCAAGAAGAUGUGCUGCUGCUCCUACAACAUUGGCAAGGCCUGGAACAAGCCCUGUGAGCCCUGUCCCACCCCUGCCAGCCCCGAGUACCAGAUCCUGUGUGGGAACCAAGCCCCUGGAUUUAUCAUCGACAUCCACACGGGGAAGCCCAUUGCCUGGUCCCAGAGCCUGGCCAAGUGUCCCUGUUACUGCAGAGACACCCUUGGAGCAAACAGGGUGGAUUCCUGGCAUGAUUCCCUCCCUGUCCUUGGCACAGACAUCGACGAGUGCAGCAGUGGGGAGAACCUGUGCCAGCGCAACGCCGACUGCAUCAACAUCCCGGGCAGCUACCGCUGCGAGUGCUCCACGGGCUACAAGCUGUCACCCAGCGGGGCCUGCGUGGACAUCGACGAGUGCGACCGCCAGCCCUGCGGGAACGGGACCUGCAAGAACACAGUCGGCUCCUACAACUGCCUCUGCUUCCCUGGCUUUGAGCUCACACACAACAACGACUGCAUGGACAUUGAUGAGUGUUCAUCCCUGGUGGGGCAGGUGUGUCGGAACGGCCAGUGCAUCAACAGCGUCGGCUCCUUCCAGUGCCUGUGCCAGGAGGGGUACGACCGGACCCCUGACGGGAAGAACUGUGUGGACAUCAACGAGUGUGUGAGCCUGCCUGGCACCUGCUCCCCGGGCACCUGCCAGAACCUGGAGGGCUCCUUCCGCUGCAUCUGCCCGCCGGGCUACGAGGUGCAGAACGACAACUGCAUCGUUGCCUUCCAGGAGCUGUGUCCGUACGGCCACGGAGCCAUCCCGGGCCCAGGUGACACCCGAGAAGAUGUCAAUGAGUGCUCGGAGAACCUGGGGGUCUGCAUCAACGGGGCCUGCAUCAACACCGACGGCUCCUUCCGCUGCGAGUGCCCCUUCGGAUACAACCUGGACUACACGGGGGUCAACUGCGUGGACACCGACGAGUGCUCCAUCGGCAAUCCCUGCGGGAACGGCACCUGCACCAACGUGGUGGGAGGCUUCGAGUGCGCCUGCGACGAGGGCUUUGAGCCGGGGCCCAUGAUGACCUGUGAAGACAUCAACGAGUGCUCCCUGAACCCCCUGCUCUGCGCCUUCCGCUGCAUCAACACCUUCGGCUCCUACGAGUGCACCUGCCCCUCUGGAUACGCCCUGCGAGAGGACAGGAGGAUGUGCAGAGAUCUGGACGAGUGUGCGGAGGGGCUGCACGACUGCGAGUCCCGGGGGAUGCUGUGCAAGAACCUCAUCGGCACCUUCAUGUGCAUCUGCCCGCCAGGGAUGCAGCGCAGGCCCGAUGGAGAGGGCUGCACAGAUGAGAACGAGUGUCGGACCAAGCCUGGGAUCUGCCCCAACGGGCGCUGUGUGAACACAGCGGGGAGUUACCGCUGCGACUGCAACGAGGGCUUCGAAGUCAGUCCCUCUGGCACCGAGUGCAUCGACACCCGCCAAGGGUUCUGCUUCACCGAGGUGCUGCAAACCAUGUGCCAGAUGUCCUCCACCAACCGCAACCUGGUCACCAAAUCCGAGUGCUGCUGCAACAGCGGGCGCAGUUGGGGCCCCCAGUGCGAGCUCUGCCCCCUCCCUGGCACUGCCCAGUACAAGAAGAUGUGUCCCCAUGGCCCAGGAUACUCCACUGAUGGCAGAGACAUCGAUGAGUGCAAGGUCCUGCCCAACCUGUGCAGGAACGGGCAGUGCAUCAACAGCAUCGGCUCCUUCCGCUGCCACUGCCGGCUGGGCUACACCGCCGACAUCACGGGCAUGGCCUGCGUGGAUCUGGACGAGUGUAACCAGUCCCCCAAGCCCUGCAACUUCAUCUGCAAGAACACAGAAGGCAGCUACCAGUGCUCCUGCCCCCGGGGGUACAUCCUGCAGGAGGAUGGCAAGAUCUGCAAAGACCUGGACGAGUGUUCCACCAAGCAGCACAACUGCCAGUUCCUCUGUGUCAACAUCAUCGGGGGCUUCAACUGCAAGUGCCCCCCUGGCUUCACUCAGCACCACUCGUCCUGCAUCGACAACAACGAGUGCACGGCUCAGCCCUCGCUGUGUGGAGCCAAAGGGCAGUGUCUGAACACCCCGGGCAGCUACAACUGCGAGUGCCAGAAAGGAUUCUCCCUGGACAGCUCUGGGGUCAACUGUGAAGACGUGGACGAGUGUGACGGGAACCACCGGUGCCAGCACGGCUGCCAGAACGUGCUGGGGGGGUACAGGUGUGGCUGCCCCCAGGGCUACGUCCAGCACUACCAGUGGAACCAGUGUGUGGACGAGAACGAGUGUUCCAGCCCCACCGCCUGCGGCUCUGCCUCCUGCUACAACACCCUGGGCAGCUUCAAGUGCGUGUGUCCCUCGGGCUUUGACUUCGACCAGGCCUUCGGGGGCUGCCAGGACGUGGACGAGUGCUCGGCCGGGGGCAGCCCCUGCAGCUACGGCUGCUCCAACACGGACGGGGGGUACCUGUGCGGCUGCCCCGGCGGCUACUUCCGAGCGGGACAAGGACACUGUAUCUCUGGCUUGGGCUUUGGGAAAGGUCCCUACCUGCCUGCCCCCCAGGAAGAGGAUGAGGACAACCUGCUCUCCCCCGAGACCUGCUACGAGUGCAAGAUCAACGGCUACCCCAAGAGGGGCCGCCAGCGCCGCAGCCUCAACGGCACCGAGAGGCACCAGGACCACGCCGUGAACUUGGCCAGCAUGGACGUGGAGGCCCCGCUGUCCAUGACCCUGAACCUCUCGGACCUGGCGCGCAAGGAGCACAUCCUGGAGCUCCUGCCGGCCGUGGAGCCCCUGGAGAACCGGGUGCGGUACCUCAUCUCCCAGGGCAACGAGGAGGGCUAUUUCCGCAUCCACCAGAAGGAAGGGCUCAGCUUCCUCCACCUGGGCCGCAAGAAAAUCCUGCCCGGCACGUACCUGCUGGAGAUCGUGAGCGUGCCCUUGUACCGCAGGCGGGAACUGCAGAAACUCGAGGCCAAGAACCACCUCGACUACUUGGCGGGGGAGCUGGGCCAGGCACUGAGGAUGAAGCUCCAGCUCCAGCUCUACUAAAAAAGAGAAACCCCCCACCACGGGAUCCAUCCACCCACCCACCCGACAGUCACGGCCCUUCUCCUCUCGCCAUCCACCCCUCGGGGACAAACGGGCUCCUCCUCUCGCGCCGCCCCCCUCCUGCCACCGCCUGCACGGGACAAACCCGCGGGAAACCCCGGGAAACGGCCCCCCGGGAAACGUCCUUCUGGGAUCAGCACCUGGGAUUGCUCUGCUCCGUGAGCCAAAGCCGCACCGAGAGCUCCCGGGAGCUUUGCCGAGGGUUCCAAACCUCGCCAAAGGUUCCAGCCCCUCGCCGGCAGGGACUCCCCGCCCCCUGCUCAGCUCCCUCCUGGCUCCUGCAACCAAGACACUGUCCAAGCUGGCAGGGUGGUGCCAUGGGGUGCCUCCAUGGUCAUAUCCCACCCCACAGCCCGGGAAAUGUGAGGGGGGCCUGGGGAAAGCUUGGGAGGGAGCUUUGGCAGGGCCUGGUGUCAGUGCCUUUCCCAACAGCUCUUGUUCCUCCUUUGCUUCUGCGUUGUCACGAUGGUGCUGCAGAAACCAUCCCAUCCCUGCCCUGGCUGUGCUCUGUCUCUCGCUGUCUUCUCCAUGUUCUCUGGUCCCUUUGGGGCUCCUCUGGUCCCUUUAGGGCUCCUUUGGUGCUUUUGGGGCUCCUCUGGUCCCUUUAGGGCUUCUCUGGUCCUUUAGGGCUUCACUGGUGCCCCUAGGACUCCUCUGGUCUUUUGGGGGCUCCUUUGGUCCUUUUGGGGCUCCUCUGGUCCUUGGGGGCUCCUUUGGUCCUUUUGAGACUCCUCUGGUGCUUUUGGGGCUCCUCUGGUCCUUGGGGACUCCUCUGGUCCUUUGAGGCUCUUUUGGUGCUUUUGGAGCUCCUCUGAUCCCUUUGAGGCUCCUCUGGUCCUUGGGGACUCCUUUGGUCCUUUUGAGGCUCCUCUGGUGCUUUUGGGGCUCCUCUGGUGCUUUUAGGGCUCCUCUGGUCCUUGGGGGCUCCUCUGAUCCCUUUGAGGCUCCUCUGGUGCUUUUGGGGCUCCUCUUUCAAGCAGCAAAGGUCCCCUCUGAUCAGAAAGGCCAGUUCAGGGUGCCCCCCUCACAUCCCAAAGCAGCCAGGCCGUGGGACCACAGGCUCCUGUUGGGACACCUCAGGUCUUCCCACCAGGAUAGGCUGAACAAGUGUGGAGCUGGAAGGGCUUUCCCAGAGCUCCAGCAAGUCCAGGGGUUCAGGUGUCCUCCCGAGGAGGAGCUCUGGGGAAAGGCUGAUGGAUUGAAGUGCCUGGUUGGGUGUGGUUGGACAAAGCUGGUGGGAAGCACCUCGUGAUCCCGGCGGAGAGCACCGGGGUGCUUCCCAUGCCAGAGGGGUGGAGGGCUUGGGAAGAUGCACAUCCCACGCUGCAGGGGCACAUUCCAUGGCCAGCAGCCACGUGUGAGCGCUUCAAAAUCCCGGGAAAAGCAAGAUGGGGACGGGGGGAGAGGCAGGAACAGCCACUUCCAAAAGAACCCUGGGCUCGGAGCCGCUCUGUCCGUGCGACUCCGGCGCUUGUGGCCACAUCCCCCUGGCCAGGAGUCCCUCCCCUCUGGUUGUCCCCUCCAUCAAGGUGGCCCCAGAGAUGGACAGUCUCUGGUUCCUGCAGAUGGGAUGCGCUCCAGAGGGUGUGGAAAACAGGAAUCCAGAGGCAGGAGGGCUCCCUGCUUCCCCCCGUAAUUCCAGCCGGGCUUUUCCUUCCUCCCUCCCUCCCUCCGGAUGUCCUUCCCUGCGCUGCCAUUCCCUAAAUUCUGCAUGAACCUCUCUCUCUGCAGUUCCAAAUGGAUAAAAGGUGCUAAUUCACACGGAACUACCUUAUCCCAGCCCCGAGGUGCUCCCAGCUCCGGGAAGCCGGGGCUGGAUCGGGCUCGCCGGCGUUGCUGCACUGUCCCCACCACCCCUCAUAUUUAUGGAGAACCACCAAAGUCCUGCUCCCUGGGCCUCGUGAGGAGGGCAGAUUCCUGUAGCUUUUGGGGGGUUUAUUAUUUUUUUUUGGGGAAUUGGGUGGGGUUUUCCUGGUCCCCAGGGGGUGGGGGAAGUGUGUGUUUACUGUACUGGGGGCUGAAGUCAAACUUGAAAACUCUUUUGCAGCUCCAGACUCUGGAUUUUACAAGAGUCCCCCCCCCCCAGAGCUUGUGACAGGAUGGGUGGCCUGAUGUUUGGGAUGGUUUUCUUUGUUGGUUUUGGUUUUAUUUUUUUUUAUUUUAUUUUUUUAUUAUUAUUUUCUUUCAUUUUAUUUCAUUUUGUUUUCCAAC